AAAUCCUGCCCCGUGUUCCUGCUCUGAACCUUUGUCACCGAACACAAGAAGGUCCCUGAGUUUUUACAUGGGCCACAAUGAAAUUAUGACCGUCCUUGGAUUCUCUGCCUUAGCACUCCCAGGAAAUUGUGGAUGACGGAGCCAUGGGGGUGUCAAAAGCCAGUGAGGCGAAGAGCAGCAGCAGGAAGCGAAAGAAUGAGUUGGAAAAGGGGCAGGACAAGUCAGAGGUGCUCCCGGUGAAGAAGGAGCUGGAAUACACAGUGAAGCCUUCCACGGUAAAAGGGAAGAAGAAGAAACCAUCCAAAGUCAAGGAAAAGCCACUGCAGGAGAACGUCAUCAGCAGAAGCUCCCUGAAGCAGGAGGCUGCAGAUGGGAAAGGCCUUGGCUUCAGCCUCUGGAAUGGGAUCCAAGCCGAGGAGGGAGCUGCGCCUGGGUUGGAGGAGAUCAAAGCAACCUGCCCUCAAGGGCCAGCAGUGGGGCUGGAAGGCUCUUCCAGGUCUCAGGAGAAAUCCCAGAGAACAGGACCUGCAGUGGGAGAGCAGCUCUUGGAGACCCAGAAUGGAAUUGGGGUGCCAAGUGAAGGUGUUGCUGGUGGGGUUGCAUCCCCCUCUGGAGAGCCUCUGGAGAGGGAUGUGGGGCUCACAGCUGUGAGGGAGAGUGAGGAGAAGGAGCUGGAUCCCCCUAUCCCACAGCAGGAAGAGGAUUCCCAAGCCCCGAAAAGAAAAAGAGGGAAGAAACAAGAGGAAAAUAAGCAGGAAAAUGGAUUGAAGCGAAAAAGAGGGAAAAAACAGGAUGAAAACAAGCAGGAAAAGGGAUUGAAGAGAAAAGGAGGGAAGAAACAGGAGAAAAAUAUGCAGAAAAUGGGAUUGAAGAGAAAAAGAGGGAGGAAGGAUAAAUUUGAGGAUUUGAUGAAUGGCAUUGAGGAGGAAGAGGGGGAUGAAGGCAGGAAUUGGGAAGGGGAACAGGGAAGAGCCAAAAGACAGAGAAGCAACAGCAGCCAGGGAUGGGAUGAUGGGGAAAAAAAGCAGGAGAAGGGGAAAGUAAAGAAGCAUAGGAUGGGGAAAGCGAAGAGGGUGGAAAAGGUGGGGAAGAGGAAAAUGAAGAAGGAAAAAUUGCUGGAAGAGGAGCAAGAGAUGGAGAAAGACAAGGAGGGAGAGGAAAGAGUGGGAGGUGAAGAGGAGGUGGGAAAAGGAAGUGGAGAUGGAAAAGGAAUAAAGGAGGAAGAGGUGGUUGAGAAAGGGGAGGAAGGAUUGGGAGAGACUAGGAGUACAGGGAUGGGGCAGGAGGUGAAGGUGGACAAGGAUGAAGGGAAGGGAGAUAUUCCAGGGAAAGAGAAAAAGAGGAAAAACAAGAAGAUAAAGCCAGAGGGGGAAACAAAAGAGACAAAGAGUGAAGAGGAGGAAACCCCAGGGAAAACUGGGAAAAGGAAAUCUAAGGAAGGAGUAGAAAAGAACGAGGAAGAAAAGAACAAUAAAAAGACUAAAAAACAGAAGGAAGAAGAAAAAGAAGCAGAAAAUAAAUGGAAAUGGUGGGAAGAGGAGAAGAAGGAAGAUGGAGUCAAAUGGAUGCAGCUGGAGCACCGAGGGCCCUACUUUGUGCCCCCCUACGAGCCCCUGCCCGAGGAUGUGCAGUUCUAUUACGAUGGAAAACCCUUGAAGCUGAGCCUGGCCACGGAGGAAAUUGCCACGUUUUAUGCCAAAAUGUUGGAUCAUGAGUACACCACGAAGGAGAUCUUCCAGAACAACUUCUUCCAUGACUGGAGGAAGGAAAUGACCUCAGAGGAGCAAGAGAUAAUCAAGGACCUGGGCAAAUGUGACUUCGGGGAGAUCCACAAAUAUUUUGUGGACAAAAAUGAGGCCCGGAAAGUGCUUCCCAAGGAGGAGAAGCAGAAGCUGAAGGAGGAGGCGGAUAAGAUCCAGGAGGAAUAUGGAUACUGCAUCCUGGAUGGGCACCGGGAGAAGAUUGGCAACUUCAAAACUGAACCUCCGGGGCUCUUCCGUGGCCGUGGGGAGCACCCCAAAAUGGGGAUGCUGAAGAAGAGGAUCAUGCCAGAAGAUGUCAUCAUCAACUGCAGCAAGGAUUCCAAGAUUCCCGAGCCCCCAGAAGGUCACAAGUGGAAGGAGGUGCGCUUUGACAACACGGUCACCUGGCUGGCCUCGUGGACAGAGAACAUCCAGAACACCUUGAAGUACAUCAUGCUGAAUCCCAGCUCCAAGCUGAAGGGGGAGAAGGACUGGCAGAAAUACGAGGUAGCUCGGCGCCUAAAGGAUGUUGUCCACACAAUCCGGGCUCAGUACAGGAAAGACUGGAAAUCCAAGGAGAUAAAGAAGCGGCAAAGAGCAGUGGCCCUCUACUUCAUUGAUAAGCUGGCCCUGCGAGCUGGGAAUGAGAAGGAGGAAGGGGAGACUGCGGACACGGUCGGCUGCUGCUCCUUGCGCGUGGAGCACAUCCAGCUGCACCCCCAGCUGGAUGGGCAGGAGCACGUGGUGGAGUUCGACUUCCUCGGGAAAGACUCUAUCCGUUACUACAACAAAGUGUCCGUGGAGAAGCCGGUGUUCAAGAACCUGCAGCUGUUCAUGAAGAACAAGGACCCCACCGAUGACCUCUUUGACCACCUCAAUACCACCUUCCUGAACAAACACCUCCAGCACCUCAUGGAUGGUUUGACGGCCAAAGUCUUCAGGACCUACAACGCUUCCAUCACCCUGCAGGAGCAGCUCAAGGCCCUCACCAACCCUGAAGACAACAUUGCAGGAAAGCUCCUGUCCUACAACCGAGCCAACAGGGCUGUGGCCAUCCUGUGCAACCAUCAGAGGUCUAUACCAAAAACCUUUGCCAGAUCCAUGCAGGUCCUCCAGGAAAAGAUCGACGCCAAGAAGAAACAAGUGGAGGAAGCCCAGGAGGAAGUGAAAAAAGCUGAAGAUGAAUUUAAAGACACAAAAGAUGCCAAAGCAGAGCUCAACGUGGAGAAGAAGAAGAAGCUGUUGAAGAGGCUGGAGGAGCAAUUGGCCAAGAUGAACAUCCAGGCCACAGACAAGGAGGAGAACAAGCAAAUAGCUCUGGGCACAUCCAAGCUGAAUUACCUGGAUCCCAGGAUUACCGUGGCUUGGUGCAAGAAGUUCGGGAUUCCCAUUGAGAGGAUCUACAACAAGACCCAGAGGGAGAAGUUUGCCUGGGCCAUCGACAUGGCUGGCGAGGACUUCGAAUUCUGAGCCGGUGCCUUCCACGUGAAAUCCCAAAUCCUGCUCAUUUGGCGCUGUUGGGAAGCUUUUUUGUUUUUUAAUUUGCUGCUGCUGGCAGCUGUGGGUUGUCUGAGUUUGGUGCCUUUUUUUUUUUUUUUUUUUUUUUUUUUUUUGUAUGGAAGAGCAAGCACCUGGAUUUCCAGUUGAAACAGGUAUUGCUGGUUGGGAUUUUGGACUUUGGCAACUCUUAAUUCCUCUUCAGAGUUGCCAAGUACUUGGGAUUUUUUCUUUCUUCCUCUGGAGUCCUGGAAGGAGAUUAAAUAAGAGCCUUAAUUGUGCUGAUCAACAAUCCAGUCCUGUCUCCUUUGUGUAGUGGAGCUGUGCUGCCCUUUCCAGACUGAGUGGGAUGGAUGGGGAAACAUGAGGUGAUGACAGCAGGAAAACAGGAACUGCAAUAUAAAACCCAGGAUUAGGUUAGGGAUGCACUGGGGGCAAAGGAAAAAUCUCAAAGUUUUACAUUUCACAGAAUUCACAGAAUUUCCGGAGACUUUGUGCUCUUUCACCUCCACGAGGGGAGAAAGUUGUGCAGUUGCAGGGAUAUUACAUGGAAAAAACAUGGGAGGGAAUUUGUGUCAUGUCAGGAGAAGGUAGAAGGGAAGAUGUUGCAUUUAAAAGCAGUUUCACGUUGCAGGGAGUUAAAAUUCACGCUGGCCAUGAACAAAGUGCAUUUUAAGCACCCCCAUGUGGUUAAAGUUUUGUCUGGGAGAGGACAUCUCACUUGAGGCCAUGUUCAUUUCCUUAUUUCCUUCACUUGGCUCUGGCUCAGCUCCUGCAUCCAGAGCAAGAACUGAACUGUCCAGACAGAGGUUUAGGAAAUGGGGAAUUUCCUAGGAAAUAAGAUAAUGUUGGGCCAGGCUCUGUGGGAUGUGUGGUUGGGAGUGGGACCAAUAUUCCUGGAGCUGCUCCUGUGUUGGGAUGACACC